AAGUUAAAAAUAGAAUUUGAUUUUUUAAUAAAAUAAAACAUCUCAAAAUAAUAAUAAUUAUAAACUUUAAAUUAUAAGGCUUAGAGAAUAUAGGAAUAAUCAGAAAUCGAAAACAAUAUAACAACUUAAAAAAGCUUUUUAACAAAUUUAAAUAAAUUAAGCAAUUUUAAUAAUGAUUCUCUAAUUUAUAAAGGCUCAUUAUAUAAAAUGAAGAAAGAUUUAAAUGUAACUUAUAUAUCAUCAAAAUAAUUUUUUAAUCCUAAUGGUGUAUAUGAAGUAUUGGAUGGAAUUUAAUAUAAUUAAAUGAGGGUAGAUGAUAUGGUUAAUAUCCAUUAAGAUACUUAAGAUUAACUAAUUCAAAAAAUAGAAGAAAUCAAAUAUUCUAUUGAGUAUAUUAUUUAUGAAUGUGAAUCUUCUGGAAUUGGAGAUUUUAUUAAAAAUGAUUCAGGAUUUUUAAAUUGGCUUUAAAAAUAGAAUAUUGAAUAAAACCAUUAGAAAUGUAAUUAAUAGUUUGUUAAAGAAUAAAAAUAUGAAAAUAAUGAAAUUGAUAAUGAAGGAAAAAUUAAAGAAAAUAAUCAAUAAAAUUAAGAAAAAAAUGAAGAAAAAAUCGAAGAAAAUAAUGAAGAAAAUAAUGAAGAAAAAAAUGAAGAAAAAAAUGAAGAGAAAAAUGAAGAAAAAAAUGAAGAAAAAAUCGAAGAAAAAAAUGAAGAAAAUAAUGAAGAAAAUAAUGAAGAAAAAAAUGAAUAAUAAAAUGAAGAAUAAAUGGAAGAAAAAAAUUAAGAGAAAAAUGAAGAAAAAAUCGAAGAGAAAAAUGAAGAAAAAAUCGAAGAAAAAAAUGAAGAAAAAAUGAAGAGAAAAAUGAAGAAAAAAAUGAAGAAAAUAAUGAAGAAAAUAACGAAACAAAAGUUUAGAAAAAGAAUGUUAAAUUUGAAAAUUAUAAUAAAAUUUUGGAAAUACAAAGUGAAGAUACUCUAAAAGAAUAAGAAAAUAAUAAUGAUUUCAUUAAAAAUAUUGUAUAAAUCAAUAAUGAAAGCAACUAAAUAGAAAGCUAUGAAUAAGACGAAAAAUGAAAGACGAUUUUCUAGUAUUUCUGAUAACUAUUAAUCAAAUAAUCUUUAAUUUUAAUAAAAUAAUGUCACUGAAGAAAGUUAUAAGUAAAUUAAGAAAAAUUGA